UCUUCACAAAUUUUAUCUCUUAUUGCCACCCAUAGACAUAUAUUUCAAGCUUCAUCUUGGUGGUUCUCGUUCCCACGAGCCUUGCGACGAUUGUGCGGGCCCUUCCUGCCCCACAAGGAUCCCAAUUAAUGAUAAUGAAAUU